ACACCGGUAAUGACGCUUGUAGUGUUGCUGUCUCCUGGGCUCGUGUGGGAUACAAAAGAGCAAUGGCAUAAUUUGACAUUACCAUUUAGUUUAUUUUCGCAAGUAACGAACACGGAACAUUGAAUCAUGUUCGUAAAACGUUCUUGAAACUAUCUUUUUGUUUGUUUGUUUUUGUUUUUUAACAGUCUAUGGUUAAAACGUGCAUGUCAGAAGCACAAGACGUGUAAGCCAAAGACAGCAUGACAUUUUAAAGUUCGACCAAAGUCAUUUGAUUUUGGACACUGUUAGGACACAGUUAGGACAGUGUUAGGAGACAUGAUGCUGAGCGCUUUCAGGCUGACAGUGAGAGUGUCUGCAGCGGUUCAGAGAGGCUGUCAGUGUCCAGCCCUCCAUUCCCGCAGAGCACUGCACUCGAGCCCUGUGCUCUGGGCAGGACACAACAAAUGGUCCAAAGUGAAGGACAUUAAAAUACCCAAAGAUGCUGCUCGAGCCCGUAUGAUUGCCAAGUACACCAUGAUGAUUAGGAUUGCAGUCAGAGAGGGAGGACCCAAUCCAGAAUUUAAUGUUGCAUUGGCACAACUUCUAGAGCAGUGUCGGAACAGGAAUCUACCAAAAGCCACAGUAGAAGGAGCUAUAAAAGGAGCCAAGUCAAAACCAGGAGUACAGUAUCUUUAUGAGGCCACGGGACCGGGCGGGUGCACGCUACUCAUUGAGGUUUUGACUGACAACAACACACGAUCCCACAGUGAACUGAAACGUAUCAUGACGAAACAUGGCGGGGCGCUGUGUGAAGGAGCACGCCGUAACUUUGACAGGAAAGGUGUUGUGGCAGCAUCCAGAGAUGGGAUCUCCUCUGAGAAAGCUCUAGAACUGGCCAUCGAGGCAGGAGCUGAAGAUGUGCAGGAGACGGAGGAUGAGGAGGAGAGACCCAUACUACAGUUUGUCUGUGACAUGACGUCCAUGAAGGCAGUGCGCAGUGCUCUAGAAAGUCUGGGCAUUCACACGCUAUCAGCCGGGCUGGAGUUUGUUCCUCACACCCCCUCUCUCCUGACUCAGACUCAGCUAGAGACUGCGUUCACCCUGCUGGAGGCUCUCAAUGACUGCCCUGAUGUGGUCCGGGUAUGGGAUAACAUCCACGAACAGAACUAGUGUUCACAGUCACAGAUCGAUGGACUAAUUAAUGAUCUACAUGCCUUAAGAGCAACUGGAAGAAAAUUACUUGCUUGGCUAAAUUUCAUUGGACUUUACUUGGGUUUUUUUGUGUAACGAUAAAUGCUUGAUCGUUAAUAUAUCGUCAUCAUGGCAAUAAAAAAGUCAUAUUAGUCAUAGAUGUGCAUCGUUUUGAGUAGUGUUAUAUACUGAAUGUUGUGAUCUUAAAACUUUUGUUAUAAGAUUAGAUUAGGCACUAAUCGCAAUUGAAUAUUGGAAAAUAAUUUACUGUUUUUUUUGUUGUUUUUUUUGUAUUGUUUGUUUUAAAAAUCAGUUCUUUAUCAAAAGGAUAAAAAGGCAACUUGCAAGGACUAUUUCCCACAGCCUGAAAA